AUGCAGAAGGAAAUGUUGUGGCUGGCCUGUCGUCGCCAUAUGCUUGAAAUUAUGUUGGAAACAGUUGUGAAGCAUUCAUUUGGUCUUUCAACAAGUCCAGACAUAACAAUCUUCAAGCGUUUUAAAGAACAUUGGCCACUCAUUGAUAAAUCAACAUUUCAGACUGUUCUAACAGAUGACUCUAGUACAUCAGCCAUUGUUGACAUUGCUGAAGAAAUUAUCGAAUUUGCAAAAAAACAGCUUACAACUUUUCAACCUCGUGAAAAUUACCGAGAGCUACUUGACUUAGUCAUUAUUUAUCUUGGAAUAUUCCAGAAAAAAGUACGUCAUUUAAACAUCCAGCUUGACUUCAUCUUGCUUGGUGGACGGCCAAAGCCAUAUCUGCCUUCAAAAUAUGGCUAUUUCGGGCCCAAUUUUGACUCACGGCAAAAGAAAAAUGGGGUCUCAGAAACAUAUGCAUUUUUACCACAAGAAUUCACACAAGAACCUGGUUUACAGCACUAUCAAACAUCUCAACUCCUCAAAAUGAUCUCUGGCUUAUCAAAAGCCUACAAAAGCUAA